CCCGCGGCGUCACGUGAGCCGCGGGGAGUGAGCGCCGAGCUAGCGGCGGCGGGCCAGUGCUCCGCCGCAGCGACCCGCGGUCCAGCGGGCGAGCAAACCAAAGCAGGACCCGCGGCUGGGCACGCGGCCGCCGCCGGACCGGGAGCCAGGCCGCCGCCCCCAGCCCAGCCCCCGGGGCCUCAGGACCGCCGGGGCCUGGCCGCUAGCCGGGCGUGCGCCAAGUUCAGCCGCCAACGGCACGGCCAGGCCAGCAUGGUGGACCACUUGCUGCCAGUGGACGAGACCUUCUCGUCGCCGAAAUGCCCAGUUGGUUAUCUGGGUGACAGGCUGGCCAGAGGGCGGGCGUACCACAGGCUGCCCUCGCCCCUCUCAGAGGAUGACAGCGACGCCUCCAGCCUCUGCUCCUGCGCCAGCCCAGACUCACAAGCCGUCUGCUCCUGCUACAGUGGUGGGCCAGGUGCUGAGGGCCAGGACAGCAUCUUGGACUUCCUGCUGUCCCAGGCCACACUGGGCAGUGGUGGCAGUGGUGGCAUUGGGGCCAGCGGUGGUUCCAUGGCCUGGGGGGCCUGGCGGAGGGCAACGGCACCUGUGAAGGGGGAGCAUUUUUGCUUCCCCGAAUUUCCUGUGAGUGACCCUGAUGACGUCCCAAGGCCCUUCCAGCCCACCCUGGAGGAGAUUGAAGAGUUUCUGGAAGAGAACAUGGAGCUGGGAGUCAAGGAGACCCCAGAAAGCAACAGCAAGGACGCGGAGGCCUGUGACCAGCUCUCAGCCGGGCCACAUAGGAGCCACCUCCAUCCUGGGUCCAAUGGGAGAGAGCGCUGCACCCCGCCUCUGGGCAGUGCCGGUGUGGGCGGCAGCCAGAGCUCGGGUGGGGGGCCUGCAUCUGAUGGCCCUAUCCCUGUGCUGCUACAGAUCCAGCCUGUGCAGGUGAAGCAGGAGUCAGGCACGGAGCCCGCCUCCCCUGGGCAGGCCCCGGAAAGUGUCAAGGUGGCCCAGCUUCUGGUCAAUAUCCAGGGUCAGACCUUCGCACUUGUGCCCCAGGUGGUGCCCUCCUCCAAUGUGAACCUGUCAUCCAAGUUCGUGCGAAUUGCCCCUGUGCCCAUUGCUGCCAAGCCCAUUGGGUCGGGACCCCUGGGCCCUGGCCCCACUGGCCUACUCGUGGGCCAGAAGUUCCCCAAAAAUCCGGCAGCAGAACUCAUCAAAAUGCACAAAUGUACUUUCCCCGGCUGCAGCAAGAUGUACACCAAAAGCAGCCACCUCAAGGCCCACUUGCGCCGGCACACAGGCGAGAAGCCCUUUGCCUGCACCUGGCCGGGCUGCGGCUGGAGGAGGAGGGGACCUGCCACCUUCUGGGCUGUCCCAGAGAGCAGAUGGAAUCCUCAGCCCAGAGUGCAUCUCAGGAAGGCAGGUCUCAGCUCCAACACAGUAUCCUCUGGAGAUGAUUCUCCCGCUCCGAUGAGCUGUCGCGGCACCGGCGCUCGCACUCGGGCGUGAAGCCCUACCAGUGUCCUGUGUGCGAGAAGAAGUUCGCACGGAGCGACCACCUCUCCAAGCACAUCAAGGUGCACCGGUUUCCUCGGAGCAGCCGCUCAGUGCGUGCGGUGAACUGAGCGCCCGCCUGCCCCCGCCCCCUCCCCCGCCCCGUUAUUUUGUAGCAAUAAUUUAUUUGCCUCUUUAGAGGGACGUGACAAUGUUGCCAACCCACCUUCUGAAGCCCAGGAGGUGCAGGAAGAUGGGGGCUUGCUUGGGAGGCGGGAACCCAGAGCCCCCAGCCUGCUGCCUUUCCUAGGAAGACCUACAGCCGCGCCCGCGUCCCUGGGGGCUGGCCCCCGUCCCUGCACCCCGCACCCCCCCCCCCCAACCGGGCUGCGGGCCGGCCUUCCCGCCUUUGUGCCUUUGUGCCUUCCCGCAGGCCGGCCUGUGCUAAGGCAGUGCUGGGAGCCUGGACCUUCUCCCACUGGGCUCCCUGCCUGGGCCAGGGCUGGCACUUUUUUGCUCAGAAGAAAUGUGCAGUUUUGAAAUGUCAGUUCCCAGAGGGAGCCAUGCUGGGAAGAAGGAAGUAGGCCAGAAGUCCAGGGCUGCACUGUGGUGUGAGGGUGGCUUUGUCCAAGAUCUCCUGCUCAGCCUGACUACGGGAGGGUAGGAGUGGGGCAGUCCUUGGCGCGUCACCGCCGGGCCCCUGGGCAGAGGUGGAAUUAGGCUGAGUUGCCCCCUCUGUGGGGGUCUUGGAGUGCAUGCGCUUGAGUUAAAGUGUCGGGCAGACAGACAGAUGCCGGCUAGCCCCAGAGCAUCUGUAACCAGCAUGGCUCAUCCCCUCAUCCCGUUUCCAGACAGAUCCAGACACCAGCCUCCAUGGUCCCUUUGGGGAAGAGAGGGGAGCAGGCUGCAUUGCGUGUAGGAGAACUAGGUAGAGCCUCCGAAUUCUGAUUUAGAAAUGCAUUCCUUAUUUUGUCUAGAAAUUAAUAUCAAAUGAACUAGUUUGUUUUGACAGGUUUAUUUCACAUCCUAUGAAUGUAUGUAAAUAAGCUGUACGUAGGUACAUCUACAUAAAAUAUCUUUUAAUAACAUAUCAACAUUGGUGUAAAUUUGAAAUAAAAAAUCUAUAAAGCUGGUGUACAUAUGUUACAAUUAUGUAUAUUUUCUUUGGUCCUUCAUAAAAAUAUAUUUACUUUGCCAAUAAAAAGAAAAAAGAACUCAGUGA